GUGGCGGCGGCGGUGGCGGCAUCUCCCCUCGCGGCAGGCCGGGGCGCCGGGUCCCGGCCUUCCCCCCGCAGGCCCGGCCAGCCCCGGCCCCUCCCUGCCGCCCCCGGGGCUGCGGGGGCAGCAGGGGACUGCCUGCCGCUGGUGGCUGUCCGGCGGAGGCCGGCGGGCACCGCGGAGACGUGCGGCUGUGGAGAGAAAGGAGUUUCUGCCGGCUGUCCCCGCAGGGAGCCGCAGCCGCCGGGGGUGUCCCUCACAGCCCGGCGUCGGUGGCGGGCUGCGACACAGUCCUGCCCGGGCGUUCUUGGCAGCCCCCGGGGCAAGAGGCCUGUCAGGCUUCAGGGAGGUCGGCAGCGGCAUUUCCAGAGCAGUCCCGUCCCGUUGGCUCUCCUGCUUCCUUCCCCGGGCUGGGAGAAAGGAGGACGUCCUCGAAAGCAGGUCAAGAGAAGAAAAGAAGUGUCAGGAAGUGCUGCAGUGGAAGAAAUGGUGAAGAGGAGAAGAGUGGAAGUCGGAGCGGAGGCCUCAUGCCCACAGUCGGGUAUGGGUCGAACUGGAGCCGAGCGUGUUUGCCAUAUGAGUAAAGCAAAGCAUGGAUUUGAAACGAAUUCCUCCAAAGAAGAUGAGCGUGAGUUUAGUCCAGCAUCCCUUACUGUGGGCUGUAACCGAGUGAGUUUGUGGGCACCUGUGGGAUCUAACCUCGAACAAAGAACAGGAACCGGUCAGGCUGAGGGUGCGGUGCAGCUACUGCAGCAACUGGACCAAAUGGUGAACAAAGGAAACGUGGAGUCAGAAGGAAGAGGUCUCUCCAGGUUCUGGAGAAGGUGCAACAUUCCCAGGAAAUGGUCCUCUUCUGAGCUGUCUUUGGGGAAAAAACUCCUCAGGGGAGGGUUGCUGACCUCAGUCACAGCCCUCAUAGGCUGUGGCUUUUAUCAGCUGAGGAGUGCCACCUCCAGCCCAGUUUCUAAAGGACUUUUACACACUCCCUUCUCCCGAGGCCUUCCUGGGAGGGACCUUCAGUCCCCUUAA